AUGACGCUUCUGCUUGCUGCUCUUAGUCGAUGUGCUUCCGUAGGGAGUAGUAAUAUUGGCGGUGGCGGUGCUGCUGCUGGUCAUCAUCGCUUUGGCCGAGAUCAUGUAAACAUAGAUAUUGGUGGUUCUGGUGAUGCAGGGUAUAGCAGUUGGGGAGGAGGUGGCGGUGGUGGUGGAGGAGGUUGUGAUAGUGGCGGUGGGGGAGGAGGAGGAGGAUUCAGUAUCGGCAGAAUGGCAGUAGAUACUUCGAUCAUAGUGGUGGCAAUAUCAGCAGAGAAGGAUGAUGUUGGUUAUCAUGUAGGUGGUGGAGGAAUUGCAAGUGGUCGUUAG